ACUGAAGACAUGUCUGUCACCUAUGACGAUUCCGUGGGCGUGGAAGUGUCCAGCGACAGCUUCUGGGAGGUCGGCAACUACAAGCGGACGGUGAAGCGGAUCGACGAUGGGCACCGGCUGUGCAACGACCUCGUGAACUGUCUGCAUGAGCGGGCGCGCAUCGAGAAGGCCUACGCCCACCAGCUCACCGAGUGGGCCCGGCGCUGGAGGCAGCUGGUGGACAAGGGGCCGCAGUACGGGACGGUGGAGAAGGCCUGGGUGGCCGUCAUGGCCGAGGCGGAGAGAGUGAGUGACCUGCACCUGGAGGUGAAGGCCUCGCUCAUGAAUGAGGACGUGGAGAAGAUCAAGAACUGGCAGAAGGAGGCCUUCCACAAGCAGAUGAUAGGCGGCUUCAAGGAGACCAAGGAGGCCGAGGACAGCUUCCGCAAGGCGCAGAAGCCCUGGGCCAAGAAGCUGAAAGAGGUGGAAACCGCCAAGAAAGCUUACCAUGCAGCCUGUAAGGAGGAGAAGCUGGCGAUAUCCCGCGAGAGCAACAGCAAGGCCGACCCGUCCCUCAACCCCGAGCAGCUGAAGAAAUUGCAAGACAAAGUAGAGAAAUGCAAACAGGAUGUUCUCAAGACCAAGGAGAAGUACGAGAAGUCGCUGAAGGAGCUGGACCAGAGCACGCCGCAGUACAUGGAGAACAUGGAGCAGGUGUUCGAGCAGUGCCAGCAGUUCGAGGAGAAGCGGCUGCGCUUCUUCCGGGAGGUCCUGCUGGAGGUCCGGAAGCACCUGGACCUUUCCACCGUGGCCAGCUACAAGAACAUCUAUCGAGAUAUGGAGCAGAACAUCAAAGCUGCGGAUGCCGUAGAGGACCUGAGGUGGUUCAGGGCCAACCACGGGCCCGGCAUGUCCAUGAACUGGCCGCAAUUUGAGGAGUGGUCCACAGACAUGAACCGAACGCUCAGCCGGAAAGAGAAGAAGAAGGCGACCGAUGGCAUCACCCUGACGAGCAUCAGUCAAACGGGCGACCAGUCGCUGCAGAGCAAGCACAGCAGCACCCUUAGUGUCUCCACCAACCCCGCGCAGUCCACGUCCCAGUCCGGCUACAACCCCUUUGAGGACGAGGAAGACACGGGGAGCACCGUCAGUGAGAAGGAGGACGUUAAGGCCAAAAAUGUGAGCAGCUACGAGAAGACGCAGGCCUGUCCUGCCGACUCGUCUGACGAUGAGCCCAACAACCCCUUCUCUUCUGCGGAUGCCAACGGGGACUCCAACCCGUUUGAGGAGGACGCCACCUCGGGCAUGGAGGUGCGGGUCCGGGCGCUGUACGACUACGAAGGGCAGGAGCAUGACGAGCUCAGCUUCAAAGCUGGGGACGAGCUGACCAAGAUGGAGGAUGAAGACGAGCAGGGCUGGUGCAAGGGACGCUUGGACAAUGGCCAGGUCGGUCUGUACCCAGCAAACUACGUCGAGGCCAUCCAGUGACCAGGCCGGUGGGCAGGCUGCUGGGGGCCGAGACGCGGUCCCUGGA